AUGGUCUGUGCCGUGCUCAGUGUGGGAGCAGCCCAGAUGCGGGGGGACGACUUCCCCGCAUAUGAUCUGGGCACCAUCCCAGCCUGGCAGGACUUGCCUUCUUUGCGGGGUGACCACCCGGAUGCCCAGGUCAUGAGCAAGGCAGAGUACCAUCGCAAGCUUCAGUCCUUGGAUGUGGAACAUCUUUACAACGCCAUCGCAACACUGAUGACCACAUCCAAGCCAUACUGGCCAGCGGAUGGGCCGCAGGAUGGCGACGUGUCCAGCUAUGCUGGUCUCUUUGCACGCCUGGCCUGGCACUGCUCCGGCUCCUUCCGCAUGAUCAACGAUACACAUGCUGCUGGGGGUUGCGAAGGGGCUCGACAGCGCCACUGGCCGGAGAAUGAGUGGCGUGACAACACCAACCUGGACAAGGCCCGCGGGCUCUUGGCAGAAGUGAAGCUGCAGUUUGGUGACCACAUCAGCUGGUCAGAUCUCAUGACCUUUGCUGGCACGGUGGCCAUCAAAGCAAGCGGCGGCCCGGCCAAUAAGUUCUGUUUUGGACGUGUGGAUGAUGUGAAUGGCGAGCGCUCGAUCCCACUUGGCGUGGAGGGUGUGAGCCAGUGCCACGGCAGUAAGUUCUGCAAAUCCAACUUUGAGUGCCCCAACUCUUUCCGUUGGCCGGAGCAGAACAAUACGGACCAUGCCCGCUGCAAGAUCGAGCAGCCUGAGCAACGGCUGCAAGCUAGCCAUUCCGUUGGCCUCAUCUACGUCUACCCCGAGGGCCCGGAGCUGAAGACGACCUCACAGGACUACAAACCCUACUGGGUGCACAACCGCUCGCCGCGGCUCAGCGCUCUCGAGGUCCGCGACACCUUCAAGGAUCGCAUGGGCUGGACCGACCGCGAGACCGUUGCUCUCAUCGGCGGCGGGCACACUCUGGGUCGGACCCAUGGCAACUGCAAUCUUACCGGCAGCAAGUGGGCAGAAGAUCCGUACAACAACAUCGGCCCCUAUUUUGAGGCCAUGCCCGGCAGCCUCCGCGGACCCACGGAUGGAACCUGUGGUACUGGGCGGGAGGCAGGACGUGGUAACAACACAGUGUCCUCUGGUUUCGAGGGCCCUUGGACACGUAGCCCGUCGAGAUGGACCUACGACUUCUUUGACGCCCUGCUGUCUGAAGAGUGGGUGCCUACUAAGAGCCCGUAUGGAAACGACCAGUGGCACACCCGCGACCGCUCGAGCAAGUUUUCCAAGACCAUGCGCCUCACCGCAGAUGUUUCGCUCAUCGCAGAUCCAGCCUACCUCCAGAUUGUUGAAGAGUAUGCAUCCGAUCAUGCCAAGUUCGAUUCGGACUUUGCGGAUGCCUGGUUCAAAUUGGUGCACCGCUCGGAGGACCACCCUCAUCAGGACGACCUGGAGAAGGAUGCCAGUUUCUGCACCAGCUUCGAGUUCACGGUAUCUCAACAAACCCUCUUGCCCUGA